UCUACAGAGUUAGGGCUUGUAAGCACGAAGGCGCCGCUUCCCUGGGAGAAUUAGGCAACAGCUGGGGUGGAUGAAGGGUCUGCGGGCAUCGGGAGGAGCAGGGAGUGUGGCCACGUAUCCUUGGGCGUCCUUGGGAGCAAUGGCUGUUCGUCAAGGGGUUUGGUCGCCUGGAAACCUCGGUUUUGGGAUGAAAGCCGUUUCUUCUGGAGGUAGUUCUUGCCAGCCUCCCAGGAGGUCUGCAGACUCUGUUGUUGCAGAUCUGUAACCACAGCCACAGUCUGCAAGAGGGAAAAAAUAGAGCUUCUUACCCUCUUAAGCCCUGUUUCAGCUGCCACCAGGCAGAUCCCAAUUCCAUAUCUUACCUAGCCAGAUGUACUGUUGCAUGGGGAGUUGUGUGUGAAUGCGCACCCGCACAGCCCUGCUCAUGGCAGCAAGUCUUUGGCUCGGUGGGGGGCAUGGUGCAGGCCCAGCUGCAUCAGCCUUUCAUGUGCGGGGGUGGGGAGCUGUCAGUCAUGAGCCGUGAACUAGUCCUGGCGCCUCCUGGCCUCACCACAUCCUUUGCCUGUACAGUAAUAACAGAAGGGGCUGACGUCACCCACACUUGUUCCUGGCUUCACGGCGGAGAGGCGAGGUUGGCUUCUUACUCAUCGAGGGGUUCUUUGCAUUCAGGAGGGGCAGUUACAGGAAGCGAGCGAGUCGGGAUUUGUGGGAGGAGGAUGCAGCGCCUGGUCAUGCUGCUGCUGCUGCUGCUGCUUCUGCUUCAGCACAGUAAGCUCGACUCUGCUUGCAAGAAUCUCAGGUGUUUUGCUGACUACAUUGAGACCCUGACCUGCAUGUGGCACGCUGGCCCCAGCAGCCCCAGAGUGAAUCUCGCUGCCACGUGGGAUUGUGGCUCCGGGGGCACCUGCAACUUCCUCUCCACCUCCAGGAACGCCAGCCACACACGAUACACUUGCUUCGCAGAGCAGAGGCUGUGCAUAUUUGGUAAAACUUUUGCUGUGAAGAUAACAACGCUUGUGGAGGGAGUGCUCACCAUUCUCCCGGGAUGUAAGCCCUUCCAGUUCCAUGAAAACAUUAAACCACAGCCUCCUUUCAAUGUGACAACGGUGGCCUCCCCAGGUGGCUACAACAUCUCCUGGGAUAGCGGGUAUGCAGCCUACGACUACCUGCACGGUGAGCUGCAGUAUCAGCUGCGCUAUGGACAGAAGGGCCGUGGCUGGCAGGGCAACAAGCGUGUUCUGCAGGACAUGCGGAACUUGUGGCUGUCCCCCCAGGAACUUGAGGGGGGGGUGGAGUAUGAGCUCCAGGUGCGAAGUAGGCCAAGGGACCAGUCUAAUUACCGGGGCAUCUGGAGUGACUGGAGCUCCCGAAGCAGCCUAAGGACUCUGGCCAGGGGUACCAGGGGAGCCACUUGGCCGGUGAGCUCCCUCCUUGCCCUCGGCCUGAUAGCUGCCCUUGUGGCCCUCCUGUGCUGGCAUCAGGGGCUGUGGAAGAAGAUGGACAAUUUCAUCCCCAACCCAGCGCCUUUCUUCCAGACCCUCUACCUGGUCCACAAUGGAGACUUCAAGAAGUGGGUGGGCACCUCUCGUUCUGGAGCCACCCUGGACAUCUAUGAGUGUGGCACUGUCCUGCCAGAAGUGUACAGCCCCAAGCCCUUUCUCACCAGAGCUGCCAUGGGGGAGUCUUCUACACCCCACGGCACUGGCUGCCUGCCGCCCUUCCCUGAGAAUCGCAAGUCCGUGCCGGAGUCUGCCUACGGUCAACUCUCCAUCGACACAGUCACCGUAGCCGAUGUGUGCCCCGAGUGCUCCAGCAGCCUGCAGACACAGGCCUACCGUCACAUGCCCGUGGCCAGCAGCCACCAAGAGAGCUUGCUGCCGUUCUGUGAGAUGCCAGAGGGGGCCUCUUGGGUCUCUGCCUCCUCUGGGCCCUGGUGGAAGGAUGCCUGCCCCGCCCAUCUCCAGGGUGAAGCCCUGCCAUACUGCAGGGGUGGGCUGUCUCACGGAGACCCUGCAGGCACCUCCUCUUUGGCCCCUGCCAAGCCUCUCUGCAGUGAGCCACUCUCUCCCGCAUGGGCAGCUGACGGAGACCCAGGCAACGGUUUCGACCUAGACACCAUCGAUAGUGGCUUUGCAGACUCUGACUGCGGGAGCCCUGUGGACUGCGCGUUCGAGGGGAGGUGUGCCAGCUGCAGUUCCCCCCGGGCAGAGGGCAGUGCUGCCUCCCUGCCCAGUUACGUCAAGCAGUGGGUUGCCUGCUACACUCCCCCACAGCCCAGCUAGAGGCAGGAGCCAAACCUCCCUCGGGGUCGGCGGCAGUUCAGCUGCGCCUGCUGCAUCAGAACUCAUCUGGGCUACUUCUGUGUCACUGGAGUGUCAGAAGAAGGGAGCUUUGAGUCUCAAAAGCGUACAACUCUCAGGUGCCCGUGGAAGCAAAUCCUGCUGCUCUGCUGCCAACCAGCACGGCUACCUACCUGAAGCUAGCUUCGCUGUAACCUCCUAACCCUUCCUCCAGUGAGUCCAGUGAGCGAAGUCAAUUACUUGCCCCACAACACACCGUCUCCUGGUUUGUAUCCCGCUCUGCAAAGACAGAGAAUAAAGCAU